UCCACGUUGGUUUUGGUUCAAACAGCGCUGGAACGGGCAGCCUGGGCAAGUUCCGCUUACUAUAGCAGGCGAGGACGAGGCCGGUGUUUUGUGCAACGUCAUCAGGUUCACCGUGGCCUGCUACAGCAGCCAGAGCGGCAAGCGUGGCGUACAAGCAUGUCCGCUCACCUGAGUGCCGUUCUGCUGCAAGACCACCUGACCCCGGCGGAGUCGUACACGAGCUUCGCGCUACCGGCGAACUUGACCAUGGCGAGCUGCUCGAGCGUCCAGCGCAGUGGCCACACCCACUGUAGCCACGAGGUGACCAGCGACAGGGGCCACGAGUUGGAACGCGUAGCCGCCGCCCAGGCAGAACACCAGCAGCGCCAGGUCCAGAAAGGCGGCCGCACGCUGCCGUCGGGAAGGUCCGUGCCGAUGUCAUGGCGACGGUCAGCACGGUCAGCAGGCAGAGUAGCGCGUAGUCCAGUUGCGCGUCUCCUCACGCUGAGGCAGACCCGUCAUGGAGUCAGUGGCAAACAUGGGCACUACCGUAAAGGCGGGCCAACGUCUGUCCAAAGAAUCCCGGCCUUUAGACGUCCAUGGGGGCGUUUCCCGGAGGAACCGGGUCGGAGAGCGCCCCUUGUCAGCGCCUUAACACCUCGACCAAGUUCUGGAGUCGCUGACUGGAGUCGAGCAUCGUCUCUGGAGAUAUAUUGUCCAGCUUGUCCAGGUCGACUGCGGUGUGCAAGGUCCAACUGGCUCCUGGAGCAGCGAGGGCGACGUGCUCGCCGGAAGUGGCGAUGAUGGCGAGGAUGUCCCCAUCGCGGACUUCGGACGAGACUCCGUAGAGCAGGAGCAACUUGGUGCGCGUUCAGCCCCACAGGCGCUGACCCAGGCUGUAGAGCUUGAGCCCUAACUUCAGGUCUCGAACCUGUGUCAGAGCGGCCACAUUGCCAUCAUGACGACGUAGCCAUUGGCACCAUUGCCCGCAAUUCUUGGCAAAAGCGUACCUUGGCGUUUCUUGGCAUUCUUAGAAAACGCGGCCCGGUGUGUUGCUGACUCCCCUGCGGACAUAGAGGACAGGCCAUCUAGCACGAUGGUGUCUGGCGACCCGCCCUGCCAACCUGGUGGCUUGGUGUCCCGGUGCCCACCCUGUGGAACCUACUGACCAUCUUGACGCGGCGUGCUCACCGGAAGCGGCGAUGAUGGCGAGGAUCUCCCCACCAUGGACUUAGAAUGGCUGUCCCUGGAUUUGGAGCGAAACAUCCGAACAGCCACUGAGCCCGGCUGGAGAGAUUCAGCUACGCGUGGUUACGCAAACACAAAAAUAAAAAGGCUCAACACAGCGCUGGCCAUAGGGCCAGAAGAGAACGACGAUGGCGGCGUGUAACGCCGAUGACGUGCAAGACGACUCGUUCUUCGUGUACCACUAGUCGAACUAAUAGUGCUAAUGGUGUUUGCGGAGUAGUUCCUGAGAAGCAUAAGGAGAGUUUUGGGGGGUGUAAUCUAAAUAGAGCACCGAUAACAGGCGGCUUACGAAGUUAUCGUGUUGGUAAUGGCAGAGGAAACACGAGUGUAAUGUUGGUGGAUGCCAUGAAUAGCCCAAAGAACGGAAAACCACGCACGGCGGGAAAAUGUGGUGGAGUUCUUCACAGCAGCCUAUUCUGUUAGCGUACCGUGUUUUUCACCAAGGUGGUUCGGGACCCUUUUCGCCCUGUAAUGCACAACGCACAUUCUAUAUUGCACGCCGUUUGUUACGUCGUAAUUUAAAUGUGCGCGUGCGGAACACAAGUGGCGAUAUUAAUUCAUCAGCCUAUUUUUACGUCCACUACAUGACGAAGUCCUCUCCCAACGAUCUCCAAUUACCGCUAUCCUGUGCCAACUAUUUCCAACUUGCACCUGCGAAUUUUCUCAUCAUCCCACCUCGACUGCACUUCCCUUUUCUUGGCACCCAUUUGGUAACUCUAACGGUCUACCGGUUAUCCAUCCUACGCAUUACAUAGCCUGCCCAGCUCUAUUUUUUCUAAUUAUGUCGAUUAGAACAUCGGCUAUUCCUGUUUACCCUUUGAUCAAAAAGUGCUCUUUUCCUGUCUCGUAACGGUACGCCUAACAUUCUUCGUCCCAUUGCUCUUCUCGCGGUUUUGUUCUCGAGUUUCUUUGUGAGUCUCCAAGUCUCUGCCCCUUAUGUCAGCACCGAUAAAAUGCACUGAUUGUAGACCUUUUUCUGCGAUAGUGUUAAGCUCCCAGUCAGGACCUGGCAAUGCCUGCCGUAUGCAUUCCAGCCUAUUUUUACUCUUCUGUCAAUUUCCCUCUCUUGGUCAGUGUCCUAUGUGACUUUUGACCUAGUUAAACGGGCUCCUUCACAGACUACAGUAUGAGUGGCGAUCCUGAAAGUUUGUUCCAUUGCCAGACUUGAUUUUCAAGCAUUUUCACAAUCUAUAAAAGCAUUUUAGAGGGGCUUAUUGUACUCUGAUGUACUGCUGAACAACCCUUCAUGAAGCAAGCCUGUUUUCUUAGUUUACUGAAAUGUGGCCCUUAUUGGAAAGCAUCUUCGUGAUUUAGCUGGAGCCAACUGUAGUUCCGGUUAGCUUCGGAAUCUAAUUAGAAAGUAGAGUGAUAGCUAUCUCUACUCAUGCGACCUAUUGCUUUUAGUAAAAAUGGGCGCUCCAUGGCAAUAAAUGAAGGAAAUUAUAGGAAUUUUUUUUAUGUAGACCUGUGUUUAUGCAUUACGAGGUUAAAUACUGCCCAAUACUAUUGGUGCCAGUGUUACUUUGCAGAGUUUGCUGUUCGAAACAUGUAUUCCAGAACUUCAGCCACCAGCGGCCUCGUUAGCGGACAACGAAGCCUGAACUGACUCUUCACUUCUGCUAUUCAUAGCGCAUCUUCAAGACCCCAGGCUGAGUACGUUGAAAAAAAUCUCGUGACAUGACUCGCGGGCCUGAACUGGCGCUUGAGUAUUUGUUGUGCAGCAGAAAAAGUUAACCGUGCCGUUGGCAUUUGGGUGAGCUCGGCAACCGUCGUAUAUCGAAUCAAGUUUAUUUUUCCAUAAAGAAAUGAAGGGAGGGCUGAACAAAAUGUAAAAUGUUGAAGGUUUCGGCCCCCGUUUACAUGACAACCAGCCGUGGUGACCAGAGGAAAAAUGCACUUAGCAAUACAAUUAAGUCGCAAUUAUACGAGUGAUACAACCGGUAUGAGUAACAUGAAGGGAUGCAAAAGAAUAUGAAGGACAUAGCGAUGUGAAUGAGUAAUUUAAGAGAAUUGUAUUUGCAAUCUCGUUCUCAUGCAGAUAAUUCAGAAAAAAAAAAGGGGGGGGGGGGGGAAUGAGGUCGAAGCAACUGCGUAGAAAAUGAAGAGCCACUUAACUGUCGCAUGUACUUUCGUGCUGUUCUGCAGUUUUAUCGCGUACUAUGGUGCUCCGCCAUCUAUUAGAACGAACAGCUGUGCGCUUAUGCUUAGCCGAAGGCUUCCUUGAAGCUGUUUCAAAUAUUCUACCUCAACAAUCGAAAUUGCUUUCUCGGGCGGCUACCGCGUUUCGGCUCUUGCAAAAGUUCUUGACAAUUUACGAGUUACCGCUGUGAGGUUCUGAAACUUCAUUUCCCGGCCAGCGGUAAUUCUGACCUGCAUACUUUCGAUAUACUUCAGAUUCCUGGCAGAUAUUUGCUAAAUAAUGAAGUCGAUAUUUUUGAGAUUCAGAAUUUCGUAUUUUCGCAAUUCCGACUGCAUAAAGUGAAAGCUGAGAAAACUACUCUAUAGACAGUCUCCUCUUGAUGUUAUUGGCGUGUGGGUGCUUAAAGCAGCACACACGCACGCAUACGUCACCUCGUUUAAGAACGUCCACGAGCUUGGAAAUAAACUUUGAAUUUCUUUCUU